CGGAAGUGGAAACCGGGCUGCGCGAUGACCAAUAUUAAAACAAAACCGACGUGCGACUCCUCUGCAUGUCACCGAAUGUCGAGCAGCAGUGAGGAUCUGAGAGGAUCUCUGCCAGAUGUCGUUUAACCUGCGGCGCUUUAGCCCCCUCGCAGUGUAUGUGCUGUGUACAUUUAAUUUCCCGAAAAGAGAGAGGACAAACGCAGCGAAGCAAGCAUGAGGAGGCUCCCUGUCCUGUUGCCUCUCAUCUGGGUCUGCUCAGUGUUCUACGUAGGUAUCUUCUUGUUCGUGGGAGGCUUUUUAUUAGUCAGACUGGAGGUCAACAGAACCAGCACCUGUGCGGACGUAUUGUCUCCGGGAGCUCAGGUGAAGGGGGAUUUCUGCCUGAGCGAGCCACGCUUUCGUAGGGCAGUGGUCUUGAUCAUCGACGCCCUCAAAGCUGACUUCACCCGCUACGAUCCAGAGAACACGGCACCCAAACCGUUUGAGAAUAAGCUGCCCGUGUUAGAUGAAAUGGGAUCGUUGCACCCGUCUCAUGCGAGACUUUACACCUUUCGGGCCGAUCCCCCCACCACCACCAUGCAGAGGAUCAAGGGCUUUACAACAGGUUCUCUGCCCACGUUCAUUGACGUGGGAAACAACUUUGCCUCCAAUGCCAUCCUGGAAGAUAAUCUGGUGCACCAGUUGGGCCAAGUGGGCAAAAGAGUUGUGUUCAUGGGGGAUGAUACGUGGGUGAGUCUGUUCCCAAAGAAGUUCCACAGAUCUCUGCCUUUCCCCUCCUUCAACGUGAAAGACCUGCACACCGUUGACAACGGCAUUCUCCAAAACAUCUAUCCUACCAUGGAGGGGGAUGACUGGGAUGUGUUGAUCGCUCACUUCCUGGGUGUGGAUCACUGCGGGCACAGAUUUGGCCCUGAUCACCCUGCGAUGGCUGAGAAACUCUCACAGAUGGAUGGAGUCAUCAGGUCAGUUAUAAAGCGUCUGAAGAACGACACACUGUUGGUGGUGAUGGGAGAUCAUGGAAUGACAGACACUGGGGAUCAUGGGGGAGAAAGCCAGAAAGAGACGGACGCUGCCCUGUUUCUAUACAGUUCCUCACCUUUAUUUUCAGCUCCAGGAUCUCAGAUAGAGCCCGAGGUAGUUCCUCAGACUGAUUUAGUACCCACGCUAGCGUUGCUUUUGGGAGUUCCCAUUCCUUACAGCAGCGUGGGCCAGGUUCUUCUGCCGCUGUUUCCUCAGAAUGGCUCCCGGAGUGCACCUACAGGUCUCAGCCAGGCGGAGGCGCUGUGGAUUAACGUCAAACAGGUAAACCGCUUCCUGGAGACCUAUUCCAACAUGGCCAAAGACAUCCCACCAGACAGUCUGUCCCGGCUGCGGGCUGACUUCUCCAACAUUUCCUCGCAGUACUUAGAUGCUGUCCACAAGGGUCGUCUCCCCUCUCCCGAACUAGUCGCCUCCAUGCAGAACUAUUUGACGGCUGUUCGAGAGACCUGCAGAGCUUCCUGGGCCCGUUUCAACCCUUUCAAGAUGGCUGCGGGACUCAUGAUCUUGGGUCUCGCCUGUUUGUUGUGCUGCGUCAUUUCUGAAUUGUCUCAUUUAGUAAUUCAGGAGGGCUUUUUGAAGUUGCCCAUUUUCUCAGGGUUGGUGGUGGGAAUGGCAGUAGCUACAGUCCAACUGUUAUCGCAAGGUUAUUUGGAGCUUUCGUGGUGUCUGGGAGCUGCAGCGCUUUCGUCUGAAGUUUUGUUUUUGUGGAGGACUUGUGGAGUUUCUCCAAAAGAUAGGUGGUGUCCUGAUCGCCUCCUCACUCCGGCCCUGCUGGUGCUUUUCUUACGCUGUGCCUCGCUGCUUUCGGACAGUUACGUCAUCUAUGAAGGACACAUUGUAACCUUUUUGCUCUUGACGUUGAGCGUGUAUGUUCCACUUAGACUCAACUGGGACGGACUCUUGGUGCCACUUCCUCCACCAGAUACCCAGAAGCCACCUUUGCUACGCCAAGCGGCAUUGCCAUCUUCAGUUGUUAGACGGGAGGCCACCGUCUUGCUGGUGUGGUUGGGGGUGUUGGUCGGGUCACUCUACGUUUCCCUCUCCUUCCACAAUUGCCGGGAAGAGCAGGGAAGCUGUCAACCCUCCCCGUUCCUCUCCCCACUAUCACGCGUGCAGGACAGCCAACUGCGUAACCUUCACUACGUGCUCUCUGUGGCCUCAUUGGCCACAUGGGUGUACCUUCUGCACCGUUGGCUUAGACACUACGGGAACCUUAACUGUUCCAGCUCGACUGUGUUUUCAGCCUGCUUCAUCUUACCUAUGGCUUGCGUUGGCAUGGGGCUGCACUGGGCAGUAAGCGCCACCCCAGAGGACACCUUCAGGAACCUGUCCGAACUCAUUAGCCUCGCCCAUGUUUUCCUACCACGGGCCAUCUUCUGCCUGUUGGGUCUGGGCUUGCUACUGUUGUGGGUGAACCCCAUGACCGUAUUCAUCAAGUCACGGACCCCAGUGAACUCUCGUGGAACAUUCCUCCCACCACCAAAGUACAGAGCCAGCACGGGUAUUAGUCCGCAGGCUGAGCUGCAUCAUCUUAUACCACAGCUGUACCAGCGGAUCCGGCACUCGCUUGAGGAUGGAGGCGUUGAGGCUGGUGAAGCAGACGACAGGCCAGCCGUGGAGGCAUACGGGUUGGGUACGGUGUACUCUGCACCCCUCGUGCUGUUUUGUGGACUUCUGGGGCUGGUUUUGCUGCUGCUUCAUCCUGAAGGAAUGGCUCUGGUGUUCUUGCUUCUACUUCUGGAAGCUGGAGCGGUGUUACACAUCCACGCCUGUAGCACCAACCUAUCCAGUCUCUCCGUACACUCUAGUGGUUACAGUGUGCCAUGGGCUCCUGUGGUUUCAUGGUCUCUGGCAGCUGCCCAGUUUUUCCAUGCCACAGGACAUCUCCCAACUUUCCCCUCCAUCCAGUGGGGUGCUGCGUUUGUGGGAUUUCCUCAAGGUCACACGGGCACUGUGCUUCCUGCCUCACUAGUGAUCCUUAACACCUUCUCUUCUCACAUCCUCUUUGCAGUUGGCUGUCCUCUGCUGCUGUUUUGGCCUCUGGUGUGCGAGGUGCGUGGGAAACGAUCUGCACGCUUAGUGGGAGGUGAGGAGAGCGAGGAUGCUGUCAUGGAGAUGAGAUUGAGAGAAAACCCUCAGAAGUUUAGCUCGGCCCUCCUGCAGCUCACUGCACGCUACCUCUUUGUGAAUGGAGCACAGGUCUUUGCGUCGGUUUGCGCAGCAGCCAUUCUCAGGAGACACCUUAUGGUCUGGAAAGUGUUUGCACCUAAACUAAUGUUUGAGGCAUCUGGCUUCAUCGUGGGCAGUGUGUUUGUGAUGCUGGGGCUCAUCAUGGUGAUGAGGGUGGACAUAGCAGUGGGGGGCCUGUUUAAGAAACUCCUCUCUCAAAACUCGAGGUAACACUUGGACCACUCCCCCUUUUCUAAGAAGCCCAUCUUGCCCAUGUAGAUCUCUUCAGAGAUGUGGUGAGGAGAUGCCUGGUCACCUUUUUCAACUCCACUGCCAAACACAUGGAUGGGAAACGAUAUUUGUUUAGCAUCUCAACGUAUCUCUUGUGGACCAAAGGGAUCAAAGUGUCUCAUUUGUGGAACGAUUGUCAGAAACAAAUAUACUCAAAUGUUAUUUUAUAAACAAUAUUUUAAAAGACUCCAUCAAACAAGCUAUGGAACUGAAAAGAGAGACGAUCGUUUUUGCAUGCCUUUAUUACUGCCAUGAAAUAAAGUCGCUAUAGGACAGAUUAUUUUGAAGGGCUAUAUGAAGUACACAGUGUUGCAAAGGCAUGUUUGAACUUGGAAAUCCUUCUAUUCAAACAUUGAAAAGCACAAGUGUGCUUGAGGGCAUCAGUUUUUUAAGCAAUGACUGUAACCAUUCAUGAAACAUAAAUUUUGGUGUUUUUUAUGGGAGGAGUCCAUUUCAUUCUCCUGAUUUUUCUUUUUACCUUUUUAAUGCUUACCCGUGUUAACCUUUCCUAGCAAUAACCGUAAGCGUCAGGGUCUAACCAAGCACUGAAAAGAAACUUCCUCAUAUUUCUAACGAUUUUUCUUUUCUUUUUUUCUUUGGCUAGGCAAGAUAUCGACCUAGGUUACAGCUGACUAGCUUUAACGGUUGCCUUGAUUUGUUGUUUGUGAAUGAAACGUGUCUUCAUUCAACGUGCAUUGACUGUUAUUUAUUUAUCUGUCAUAUUUAGUUCACUAAUGGAUUAAAUGAUUUUACCGAUCUCAUUUGUGUGAGAAAUGUAUGGGGAAAUAAUGACAUCAUGUGCUCAGGUUAAUUUAGCCAUAAUGCAAUAGAAGUGUUCUGCUCUGGAUGAUGCAGUUUUUGUGUGCGAGGGGUUGGCUUUUAAUGACAUCUUGAUGUCUGGACUGUCUUAGAAGCUGUGAAAAUCAUUUUGAUUGUUCCGAUAUUGUUUAAUCAGAUUCAAAUCAUUUUUGAAAGGGGUAAAUAAUUAAAUAUUUUCUAUUUUGAAA